GAAUUUAGAAAUAAAUGUUCUAUCAGGCAACAGAAUAUCAAAGAAAAUGAAGACUAGGAAGAAUAUUUUACAAACAAUAUUGAGCUUAGUUACAGUUAUGGUUGUGAUGGUUGUUUUUCAAACAAUUUUGUUUUUUAUUCAAAUUCAACAUAGUGCACAGUUUUAUCAGAAUAAUAACAGCAAAGAAUUAUCUAUCAGACCUAUUACAUCAACAAAGGGAGUUAUAGGACGUUCCCCAAAACGUAUUUUAUACCCGCAAUUUGACUUGAAUAACGUUUAUCAGAACUGGACAGACACAGCUACAUUAAUAGGAUCACCAGGAGAAACUUAUAGACGAUAUUUGACUAUAGGUCUGGUGACGGCAAAGCGACCACAGAACACUGUUUAUCUCUACAAUACACUGAGCUCGCUCAUUACAAAUGCUAAUAGAGAAGACUUCAGAGAAAUAUAUAUCGUCAUAUUGCUUUCGGAUUUGGACCAGGAGUGGAGGACAAACAUGACUUCAGUAAUUGUAAAUAAAUAUCCACAGGAAGUUAAAAAUGGAACCAUCAAAAUAAUAGGGAGCUUUGAUUGGAUGUAUCCAAGUUUGACAAAUCUAACUCACCAUCGUAAAUGGCAUUCGCAAUCUAAAGCCAAGUGGAAAGCAAAACAAAACAUAGAUUUUGUGCUGUUGUGGUUAUAUGUUUAUAAAACGAAGCUUUCAAAGUUUUAUUUGCACCUUGAAGAUGACGUCGUAACAGUUGGAGGAUACACCAAAGCUAUGAAAAAUUUCAUCAACGAUCAAAAAGAAGAGUGGACGUGUUUAGAGUUCUCUGAACUGGGCAUGAUAGCUAAAUUAUAUCACACACAUGACUUAGAGGCACUUGCUAAAAUGGUAGCUUUAUUUUAUCAAGAACAACCUGCAGACAUUACUUAUUUACAUUUUAAUCCGCAGAUGCUUCAAUUUCGUCGUAUAAUAAGGAAACCGACGCUAUUUCAGCAUAUUGGGGUGACUUCCUCCCAAUCGGGUCAUGUCCAGUCAAUCAAAGACCGUUUUUUUGCGGCAAAUGUUCAAAAGAAAUUAUCGAAAGGGGAUAAUCCACCCGCAAAAGUAUUGACAAAUCUGAAGUUUUAUUUAAAACAUUCCCCUGAAAAUGCAUACCAUACCAGUUUUGGAUAUUUCUGGUCCAAAUCUAAGCCGAAGAAAGAUGAUUACUUUAGAAUUGUAUUCAACAAACCUCAAGCUAUUAAAAGAAUUUUUGUCAAUUCUGGGUUAGAUAUAUUCCCAGAAGACAAAGUGUACAGCGCCGUAUUAGAAAUAAGCUCUAAGAUUAAUAACAGAAACGAUUGCACAGACUACAAUAUAAUAGGAAAGUUUGUGAAUGGUAAAGUUGACGUUCAAAAUGUCUCUUAUCAAUUGAAUACAACCGAAAUACGUUGUUUUCAAAUACGGUUCCAAAACUCACAAAACUUUUGGGUAAUCAUUCAAGAAAUAUCAGUUUUUUCUAAACCGCUAAGCAGUUUCAACGAAACUGGAAUAUUUUAUCAAAUUAUAAUAAAGGAAUAAAGAUUUCUCUCUUUAAAAAUUAUGUUUUGUUAAGAUUAUUUUUAUUGAAAAUCAUAACAUAACUCCGAAUAUAGGAAAAAUGUGAAUAAGUUAAGAGCUAUGUAUAAGGGUCUGGAUGGGAGGUCCUUUAGUUCUCAAUUUUUAAGUCAUUAUUCUCUAUUCUUUAUAUUUCAGCACCCAAUUAUUCUCUAUUCCUUAUUUAUUUUUGCCUUCUUUUUUUUACUAUUCUUUAUCUUUUUAUCCCUUUUUUUCUGUAAUAUUUGCCCAUUAUUAUCUAUUCUGUAAACCUCAACCAGAUCCAUAUGUAUUCAAGCACGUACAUCCAUUACGGGACUUGUCACGCUAUACAAUACGACGAAAGAUAUGCGUCGUUAUUGAGACACUUUUGGGUAAGGGAUAUCGCCAUGAAUGUCAUUAUCUGAAGGUUUGAAAUUGCAUAUGUACGAAUCCAGUAUUUAAUCCUAGCUGGAGAAAAACAUUUUUUAGAAUAAAUUUCUGUUUAGCAUGUUUAGUGGUAUUUUGUAAUUGUGCUCAAAAUAAAUCUGUGUUAACUUCAAAGUUUUCUUAAACUGGUGUAUUUGCCAAAACAAUAGUUAUAUAAAUGAGAUGUGGUAUGAGUGCCAAAGAGGACAAUUCUCCGCCAGAGUCCAAAAUGACGUAGAAGUUAAUAAUUAUAUAAGUCACCGCACGCCUUUCAACAAUGAGCAAAACCCAUACCGCAUCAUUAAUUACAUCCAUUAUAUUUCUUAAUUCAUUAAAAAUUUUUAAACUAUUGUAACGUAAGUUUACAUGUGUUUGUGAUUAUUUUUCAGCACCCAAUUAUUCUCUAUUCCUUAUUUAUUUUUGCCUUCUUUUUUUUACUAUUCUUAAUCUUUUUAUCCCUUUUUUUCUGUAAUAUUUGCCCAUUAUUAUCUAUUUUGUAAACCUCAACCAGAUCCAUAUGUAUUCAAGCACGUACAUCCAUUACGGGACUUGUCAUGCUAUACAAUACGACGAAAGAUAUGCGUCGUCAUUGAGAUACUUUUGGGUAAGGGAUAUCGCCAUGAAUGUCAUUAUCUGAAGGUUUGAAAUUGCAUAUGUACGAAUCCAGUAUUUAAUCCUAGCUGGAGAAAAACAUUUUUUAGAAUAAAUUUCUGUUUAGCAUGUUUAGUGGUAUUUUGUAAUUGUGCUCAAAAUAAAUCUGUGUUAACUUCAAA